UGAAAUCGGAAGCGACGAAACACGCCAAGACUUCGAAGUCGUAGGCCUACUUCGUCAAGGUUUUCGGUGUCGUAUAGGCCUACUAUACGAUUUGUUUUGGAACGAGUGAAGUGUAGAGAUAAUGCGGGAAGUAUUGAAUCGCCUGUACUAAGACUUCAAUACUCAAGAGACAACUUCCAUUAUGAAUCAAGACUAUUAUGACUAUGAGGACUACCCACCGUCGGCCAGGGUGAAUCCAAAUGAUUGUAUAUUGGAGCUAAAUUCUGUCAUUAUUAGCAGUCUAAUUACUAAACUUGACUCUGCUGAUCACACUAAAAACUGGAGGGCGCUCAUCGAUGCUUUGCCAGAUACUCCAUACACACUCCUUGAUGUUGAAUGGUUUGCCAAUAAGAGAUUGGAGAAGAGAAGUCCAUCUAAGGCACUGCUUGCUUCUCUGGGAAAUCAUGGCAGAACGGUGGAGCAGCUCAUUUAUUACCUCAAGAGGAUUGAGAAUGAACCAGCUUUACUGUUGCUCCAGACUCCAUCUGAAGAUAUAUGCAUUAUUCAGCAACCUGUUGGUGUUACAAUUGAUGAGGGAAGGGAUUCAACAGCCUCGUUUUCUUGUCAUGCAAGAGGCUUCCCAUUCCCUCGCUACCAAUGGUUCAAGGCUUGUCAGUCGGAGGCAAUAACGGUUCCAAAUGGAAACCACCGGGUGUUGAAAAUUAAUCCGGUUACCAAGCAAGAUGCUGGAUUUUAUUCAUGCAGAGUACACAAUGACCGGGAAGGGAGAGUGGUCAGUUACUGUUUUACACAUUGGGCCGAGUUGAAAGUUGAAAUAGCACAAGAAUUUAUGAUGUCAACAUUAGAGGUAACAAAGCAUCCGUUGUCUGUAACAGCAGACGUGGGGAAUGAAAUCGUUCUUGAAUGUAGUGUCAUAUGCCAGUUCAAACCAUGGUUUCAAUGGUACAUUAUGAAAUCAGAUGGAGAGAAUCUCGCUCCGGUUGCCAUACCGGGCAAGACGAACCAAAAGCUUGUAUUCAAACAAGUGAAUGUUAAUGACAGUGGACAUUACAAAUGUAAGAUUGAAAGUGGCAGAGAAAAGAUAUGGACAUAUUUUGCCAAGGUGGAAGUUGUUCCCAAAAGACAAUACAACCCUGAAUCAAAGAUACCGGUUAUUGUUCGCCACCCAGUAUCAAUGGACCAGGUGAUGGAUAAUGAUACAGUUGUAUUAGCUUGUGAAGCAUAUGGUGAGGGCCCACUUUUCUACCAAUGGUACAAGAAUGGUGAGAUGAUUCAAGCUGCGACUUGGCCAGAAUAUCGCAUUGAAGCAAUGAAACCAGAGCAUUAUGGGGAAUAUUUCUGUGUCGUCAGGAAUCGUUAUCAAGAUGUACAAUCUAACAUAGCGUCAGUCCACCUGCCAAUCAUACAAAACCCAAUCUAUGCCACCGAUAAGGUAGCUUUGUUGAUAGGCAAUCAAUCGUAUCGUAAUUUACACAAGCUCCUAACACCACAAAAAGAGGUAGAAAAUCUGGGCAUUUCUUUGCUUCAAGUCUGCGGUUUUAAAUUGAUUACUUUGAUUGAUCUGACCAAAAAGGAAAUUGAAUUUGCCGUCUCAAUGUUCUGUAAUCUACUUGCUGAGGGCAUGUAUGGUGUGUUCUUCUUUAGCGGCCAUGGUUUUGAGAAUGACGGUCACAGCUUCCUAAUCCCUGUAGACUGCUCGUCAGGGCAUAAGAUAAAGGAUUGUGUUGAUACCCAAUGGAUACUGGAUCAGAUGCAGGUGCAUAAAACUGCUCUGAAUUUGAUUUUGUUGGACAUUUGUCGUAUCAGGAAUGACUACCAGGACCAAAAAGUAGACGAUAAGUUGCAUCCAGACGUCCGGGGUAACACCGUAUUUGGAUAUGCUGCAGCUGCAAAUUGUGAAGCCUUUGAAGCACCCGGGGAGGACUACAGUGUCUUUGCUAAACACCUACUGCUAAAUAUUAAUAGACGAGAACGGAUUGAACGUGUUCUUGAAAAAGUCAAAAAAGGUGUACAAAAUGAUACUACCUCAAGAGGAAAGCAGUACCCAACCAUAUACUCAGAUCUUGUGGAGGAUCGUGGGCUUCUUGACCCAGUCAACAGCCAAGGACAAACAAAGUUAUUCAACAAGAGGGUAAUGCAGUGGGAAGAAGCUCAUGGUAAAGUUUGGAAUAGUUUGAAUUUUACUCCAAUUUUAAACCUCUCUUCAUGCAUUGGAUGUCAUACAGAGGCGGAUCCAGGAAUUUGGAAUAGAAGGGGGAACAGGGAUGGAGAUUCGGGGGGGGGGGGGGGAAUUGAAUAUAAAUUAAAAUGUUUAUUUAAAAAAAAGAGAAUUCAUAUUGAUGUUUUGAUUUUUUGCCAAUUUCUGUUAUUUCCAUUUGCAGAGAUCGAUUUCGAAGGCCCUCUGAUAAGGCCCAUCGGCUCUGGCUUUGACUAUUUUGUGCAUAUAGACAUCCGAAUAAAAACUUCUAAUAUAAUGAACAUUUUGGUUGUUAUAAUCAACGACUUAGACCAGCGCUGUAACGUACAAUUGCAGCACUUUCCACCGGAAUUGGAUGUGAAAGUUACAAAAGAUUAUGAGCCUGGGUAUGAAGGCAAGGUUUUAAAGACUACAGUGUCCGGGUUGCAGAGGCUAAAGGGCAAAUUGCAACCGGUUCUUUUUAUUGAGUGGUUACAUGAAAAGGAACUUCACAGAUGGAUGAGAAUGUUGGACCUUGGAACACCACUUGUCUCGAAAAUCUGGCAAAGCCGGGACUAUAAACAUCCAACGGAGAGUUCCUAUCCAGAUUAUGACCUGCCUGGGCACCAAGGAAGGGGAAUUGCAAAUUCUAAUUCUCUUUUAAAAGAAAUAAGUGAAGAACUACAAGCAGUAUCAAUAUCCUCUAUAGAGCCUAAACCUAUUCAAACUGAGCCUAAGGAAGGCAGUGUUCAUAAGGAGGAACCAAUAACCGAAGAAUCCUCUACGUCCAAGACAGAAACACAGUGAAAUAAUAUUCAGUUUUAAAAUCAAAACUACCGUACUAACGAAGAGAAAUUGGGCCGGGUACUUACUGCGCUCGACGAUCGUUGGCCGACACAAUUCUGUAGACAUCGUGACGCAAAGAUGAGCACACAACAAAUUGUUUUUAACGACAAUCCAUUUAGACUGCGCUCACAGGCUGACGGUCGUAUGACAGAGUGAGAGCUAGGUCUUAUGUGUACUAGGCCUGGUCCAAUGUGCAUAAUGAAAGUAACCUUUGCUUUAGGGUACACAAAGGGCCCUUAACUGGGAUGCUGAAAUCACCCAAAGGAACUGGUUCCUUCCAGCUCACUCAAAGCUAUACCAGUAUACCUUGUAAAUAAAGAUUAAUAUAUUUACCAAGAUAAAAGAUGGCGAUUGGCAUCAUAAAUGUAAUAGAAAACCCAGAAACAUUUUCGAAGUGUUUAAUUAUUUCAAUUUGCAUUAUUUUUUAGUUUAACUAAAACAAAUAAACAGAAAAAUAGUAUUUGUCUUUCCUAGCUUCUCAUGAUUUAUUCUAGAUACUGAAACAAACUGAUAACAGAACAUGAUGCAAGUGUGUUCUUUGUUUUUAUUAGAUACUUUUGACAUUUGAUGGUUUAUCUUUAUGAUUUUUGCAUUUACUCUUAACUUAGUUCUAGUAAACAACAAAGUUCUGUUAUUUAAAAUUCUGAGUAAUAAAUACAGGUGGUAGGUAUUUUUUUUUUAUUAAUCCAGGCUCUUGUGCAUGGGUUUUUUUUUCAGGGAUUUAUUCACUUGAAGAUACUGUAUGUACAAAUGUUAUAUAAGCCAGUCGCACAAGAAAGCAAUUUGCUGAGCAGGUAUUUUCGUGCCACAGUUUGCUUGAGUACAUGCUUGACCAGAUACAAAACUGUGUCUACCAAUGUUGUUUUCAACUCUAGCCUUGGUGGGCUAGUUAAAUGAGCAUUUAUGAUUGGCUGCUAAAUAUCAUGAAAAUUCUGAUUCACAGUACAUAAAAUAGUAUUCAGUACAUAAUCUGUGUAUGCUUCUUCAAUACUUACAUUGAAUUAAUUGUUGUUCAUUUUUAUUACAUAUUGUAAUUCUAGAUAAAGAAAUUUAAUUAAAAAAUUAUAAAGUACAUAUAUUAUAUAAAGGUUAAAUGUUAUAAGAGAAAUGUUUCUGUGUUCGAUAUGUAAAAUGGAUGUUUAAUACAAAUGUUUUCUUUUUAUGUUGUUGAGGAGCUCUAAUAGUCACAUUCUAAGAUGAUUUAUAUUUUUAAUUUACACAUACAUAUUGUCUCCCAUCAGACCUGGACCAAUUUUAGUGUCAUUACACUACAACAUAUUAACUUUGAAAUAUGAUUGUAAAUAAUAUUACUGUACAAGAGUAACUGGUAUGUUAAAGACAAUAGAUUUGCUACUUCAUUAAAGAGUUAAAGUAGAGAAAUAUGAACUUACACAUAAUAUGCAUGGUCUCAGAAAAAAACAAAACAUAGAAUUGGCAGGUUACACAAAAAAAACCACUACUAAAUAUUCUGUUAUUUCCAUUUUUAAUACUUGCAGUUGGUCCAUAAAAGAUUUCAACUCUUGUGUUUGUAAAGAUUGAUAAACAAGUACUGUAUUGUGGAUAAAUCGAACCUAAGCCAUUGUAAGACUGGAACUCGGUACAUAAACCUUAAGACCACUAAAUGAAAAUUCUUCUGACGAUAGAAACACAUGCAGCACUAUUACAACAAAGUGAAACUGGCGCAUUAUAAAUAUUUAAUUAUUUGUAUAAUUGUGAGCUUAAAUAUAAAUCUUGAAUAAAAAAAAAAGCAAACAA